UAAACCCGUUGCUAUGGCAACGCAUGGACGUUGGAGUGCAGUGAGGAGCACGUGGACACUGCAAAAACAUUAAUAGUGUAAAAUUGCUCGAGAAAACGCCAGCGAAAUCCGUAUAAUAUUAAAAGUGUCCAAUCUGGUUCAAUUAACACACGUUACACCGCUUUCUUUGUGUUCAUUUGCCGGCCAAUAUUGGCACCGCAUUGCGCCUGUCUGUUGCGUGGAGGACCACAUUGGCUUACGCUUUGCUAGUGCAUCUGACAGGAGCUACAUUGUACAGGAGAGAGGAUUCAGCAAGGAUCGCGUCUUGCCGUUGUCCUGAAUCUUUUCGUUUUCCGGUGGUGCUAUAUCAUGUUGAUAUAAUAUUUUUUUAAUCGUAAGUGAUAGAUACUCUCACCAUCGAGCAUGGUUGGCCUAACAACGGACGACAUGAUCGUCCGAACGCAGCAACAGCAGCAAUCAUCGCCAAACCGACAAUUAGGCGGUGGCCAGAGUGAAUUUCCCGUGUUUAUCCCUCCGAGAAAACGGCAAACGGGAAAGAAAUCCAACCUUGGCAAUCAUAUCGACCACAUCGUCAAUAUACAGGGUACGCGCAAAGAAUGGGACUUGACGCCGGAACGUGAAGACUGCCGCAAGAAUAAGCGUUGGAACAGUGAGGAAAUCAUCGAGAUUACCUCGAACAGUAAAGGGGCCGACGCCAACGGCACGAACCAAGAGGACGAGGAUGAUCUGAACGAGCUGCAGCACUUUCAUCCGCUCAAGGAUAGCUCCACCGUUACGCCGAGCAGCAUCUCCGAGAGCAGUCUCGAUCGUAAGUCCAGCAAAUCGGCCGAACUGCUAACCGGUGGCAGUGGCAAGCGUUCGAAGAAGCGUGUGAACAUUCGCACGGAUCUGGACGAAAUAGGGCGGCGUCGAUCACCGUCCGCGAUCUGCAACUACGAGGAUCUCGAGUCGGGCGAAACGAGCGUGCUAAACGCGGAGCUGGACCAGCAAAGUCUGGAGCGGUACAAUACGAACCGAUCGUACGCAUCGUCCACCGACAAUUAUCUUACGAUGACGGGUACGAUCAAGCGUGGUCGCAAGAAGGGACAAUCGAUCGACGUGCAGCUUAACAUUUCCCGCGAAGAGUUGGAGCAGAUCAGCAAGCAGGCACUCGCCGCCGUACACGGCGAGACAAAUCGAACCGAUCGGAGCUGCUGCACGCUUCGGACCGGGGUGCACAUUCUGCUGCUUUCGUUAGUAUGUCUACCGUUCGUGGCAUUUACGACCGGCAUCUACUCGUUUUACAUGGGCACCGUUACCUGGUACAACAUGUUUACGUACUUUAACGAGGAACGUUCGUUCUGCCACAAGCUGCUGAUGUCGCCACUGCUCAUUCUGGCCUACCCGCUCGGCAUUGUGCUGUGUACGGUGGGGCUUGCGCUGUACGCUGGCAUCCGGCAGAUUAGCGUUCACUUUCGGGCCUGGCUGAACGAGGUGUCGGACAUCGAGAAAGGGUUUUACGGCUGGUUGUGCUCGGUGCUACACCUCUCCGACUGCAGUCCGUACGAGGUGGUCAUACUGACGGAGAUAUGUCCGGCCAAUGCUCCACCGCACGCUGGAGGCACGACCGGUGGAGAGGAUGGACUGCCGGCCGGUGCAAGGGUUCACCCGAGCGAUGGCCGGCUGCAGGGUGAAUCGACGCAAAUUAAUUCUUCCACCGAAGAGCUCUCGGUUUAGAGGGAUCAGUCAGGAUUGAACCGUUCAACCGUUUGGUUUUCGUACAAUCUUCAAAGUACACACACAAAUCGGUCAGGCUUGGUAUACUAACCAUUUACCCGUGGCUAGUCAUUUCCUUACUCCGUUCCGUGUUCCGGAACGUUACACGGGACAAGGUAGGAAGUAGAAUUUCCCUCACCCUUAACACAACUUUGGUAGGAAGGUGCGAGGGACCAAACUCUUCCACUGCUAAGGGAGCAAACCAAAAAUACGAAAAACGGGAGUGAACUUUACGCCAACUGCCAUAUGUGUUCCGCUUGCUAUUUCUCCCCGGUAGCUUUCUCCGCUAGCUGUAUUCAUUCCUGUUUUAUAUGUAAUGUGUUCGUACUGCUCGUGUAUUUUACAAUCGCUACGAUCGCUAUCAAACGGGAAAAAGGGGAAAAUUAUCAGUCUAAAAUUAAUAACUCGAAACAGGAAACAAUCCAAUCGCGAUAUAUCUAGGAACCGAACACGAGAGACUGUUUAGCUGAGUGUGUAAUACAGUUUGCGAGUUAAGCUAAAAUCAAACCAUAUUUAGUAGCGUAAGACAAGACUUACCCCAGUUGCCGGGUGUUCCGGGGCAUGUAUUAAUGAUCCAGCGAAGGAAAACACGUUUUGCUUCAAGGGGCUAGGGACAUACAACGGAAAUGCAUUAUAAUAAUGUAUCAAUCUACGAAAGGAAUAAGUUAAUAAACAAUUUAAAUGACAAUUUCCUUAA